AAUAGGUCGUCCCCUCUCAUCGCUCUAUCGAGGUCCAACAUUAGGGUUUGUGGAGGAGCUCGCCACACCUGCUAGCGAUUCGAACUAGGGUCCUUCGUUUCGAUCUCUUGGAUGUUUUCCCUUCGAUUUUCGUCUCCGUAAAGCGUAAAGUGCGCGCCUUUUUGUUGUCGAAGAGUUCGAAUUCGUCGCCGGAGCAGGAAGUGCCAUGCGGAUCCACCCGAUCCCGUCGAGGCGGGGUAUCUCCCUUCGCUACGACAUCAGCGCCGCGCUCUCUCCGGCUGAGGCCGUGGCGGCCGCGGCGCUGCGGCAGGCGAAGCUCCGCCGCCUCCCUCACGUCUUCAGCAAGGUCCUGGAGCUCCCCCUCGCCGCCGACGCCGACGUAUCCGUCCACGAGGGCCCUCUCGGGUUCCGGUUCGUUGCGGACGCUGCUGGACUCGACGGCCACGGCGUGCGGGUGCAUGCGGUGCGGAUCCACCCCGGCGUCAUGAAGGUGGUGGUACGCAACGGAGCCGCCGCCGCCUGGGACGAUCUCGAGCUUGACAGGUGGCGCUUUCGGCUUCCGCCGUCAGCCAGCCCAGCUUUGGCUACUGCAGAAUGCCACAAUGGAGAGCUCGUGGUGAUUAUCCCAAAAGGUGAAGAGACUGAGGAACCCAACGAUGAGAGUGGUGGAGAUGCAGAUGAGGAGGAUUGGGAACAAGUGCAGGAGCAGCCUCACAGUCGGGACGGCGUCGGAUUGCUUCUACUUGUACUGUAAUUCUACUUAUUUCCCUAAAAAUCGUUUCUUUGAUCAAGAGAAACGUCUUGCUACAUAUAUGAAAUGCUGUUUCUGUCACCUUGCAACCACAUAAUUACAGUUGUUGGAUUUUUUGAGCUAA